UGAGGGUUAAAGCUAAAACCCAUACUAUAGCGCUAGGGCUAAUCUUCUGCAUGACCAACUUCGACGAAGGCAAAUCGACACAAUGGCGAGCAAGGACAGCUAGGUUGUUGCUGUGCCGCUUCAGACCUCAUCAGAUAUCACACCUUUGGCUUUUCCAUCAUCCACAUUCCUAACCAUGUCAUCAUCUUCCUGUUCAUUGCUGUCGUUGCGACCAGAAGUGGUGGCUUUGAAGAAGACUCUGGAUGAUUUUGUGGAGAACCGGGUGAUCCCGUGUGAAGCCGAGUUUGCGGAGCACCUUUCCAAGCGACAUGGCGAUGAUCGCUUCACAAUGGAAGCGGUGCCUCCUUGUGUCGAAAGGCUCAAACAAGAAGCGAAGCAAUUGGGAUUGUGGAAUCUCUUUAUCCCCCCUCGAUUGAUGUCACAUGUUCCGGACGAGGCUCUGAAACCCCAAAUACCGUUGUCCUACCGAGAAUAUGGCAUUCUGUGCGAAACCAUGGGCCGCUGUCCGGAACUGGCUCCAAUGGUAUGCAAUUGUGGCGCACCCGACACUGGAAAUAUGGAGGUAUUAAUGGAGUUUGGGACUCCUGCUCAGAAAGAGAAGUAUCUCUUGCCGCUUCUUCGAGGAGAAAUUCGAUCCACUUUCCUAAUGACGGAACCAGAUGUUAGUUCCAGCGAUCCUACCAAUUUGUCCACUACAUUGAAGAAAAGAAUUGUAGGAGGAAACGUGGAAUAUACCCUGACAGGAAACAAAUGGUGGAGCACUGGUGCAGGUGACCCUCGUUGUCGUGUCGCCGUGGUGGUAGCCCGAACUGAUACUUCUGGUUCCAGCAAUAGCAAUAAGCAUCUGGCUCACACGAUUGUGUUGGUCGGACUUCCACACCCUGGGGUCAAAGUCAAGCGAGCUCUCACUGUCAUGGGGUAUGAUGACGCCCCGUAUGGACACGCUCAGGUAGAGCUGAAUGCUGUCUCCUUGAACAACGACGAUUUAGUGUUGGGGGAAGGAAGCGGCUUUCGUGUGUCACAGGCUCGCCUUGGUCCUGGACGAAUCCAUCAUUGCAUGAGAGCCAUUGGUAUGGCUGCAAGGUCGUAUGAGCUAAUGCUGCAACGAGCCAUGGAACGCAGAGCUUUUGGGAAGUAUCUUUGGGAACAUGGUGGGUGUCAGGAGAUGAUUGCUGACUCGGCCUCAGAUGUAGAAGCAGCACGACUGUUGACUCUCUCCUGUGCUUCUGCCCUUGAUGAUGUUGGGCCCCGAAUUGCUCGCGACAAGAUUGCAUCCAUCAAGGUGACUGUCCCAGAGUUGUGUUAUCGUGUUGUGGACAGAUCCGUGCAGGUUCAUGGUGGAGCUGGCUUGAGCGAAGACUUUCCGAUGGCAAAGUUUCUAGCUGGGCUCCGAUCCUUGCGAAUUGCUGAUGGUCCCGAUGCUGUGCACCGAAGAACACUGGCUUUGUUGGAAAUUAGGAAGGCCAAGAAGCGCAUGCAAGACGAAUUGAAGCGAAGUCGUCUGUGAGAGAUGAGUGGCAUGUGGUCAUCAUUUAGCUAUAUAGUGGCUACCGGUAUAGUUGCGAAUACCUGUAAUCGUCGUAAAACUUGGAACAAGAUUUUGUGCCGCUGGAAACCCUCUGCAUGCCUGGUGGCUUUUGCACUACCUUUUAAAAGCUACAUGUAGGUACAUGGUAGAGACGA